AUGGCCACCGCGAGGGAUAUAAAUCCCAGCGACCUCACACGCCAGAUCUCGCAGAGCCUGAGCUUUUCGGCAUCACCAAAUGCUGCCUUUCACUCCUUUCCAUCGAGCUAUGGGGCGAGUUAUUCCCAGUUUGCGAGUCGUGUGCCAGAAGCCCUGCCUGCAAGGCAGUUGAAGCCGUUCGUGGCGGAAGACAUAAAGGUUUUGUUGUUGGAGAACGUGAACCAGACCGGCAGGGAUAUCCUCAAUGUACAGGGGUACCAGGUCGAAUUCUAUAAGUCGUCGUUGCCAGAAGAUGAGUUGAUCGAAAAGAUCAGAGAUGUCCACGUCAUUGGCGUCAGAUCCAAGACCAAGCUCACCGCUAGAGUUCUUGCCGAAGCUAAGAAUCUGAUAGUUAUUGGGUGUUUCUGUAUCGGAACAAACCAGGUCGACCUCCAGUAUGCUGCAGAUCAUGGUAUUGCCGUGUUUAAUUCACCUUUUUCGAAUUCGCGCAGUGUCGCCGAAUUAGUGAUUGCUGAGAUCAUUUCUCUCGCUCGCCACCUGUGUGAUCGUUCUAUGGAAAUGCAUAAUGGAAUGUGGCAGAAAGUGAGCAAUAGGUGUUGGGAAGUCAGAGGGAAAACGCUUGGUAUUGUCGGAUAUGGCCACAUCGGGUCUCAGCUAUCGGUUUUGGCUGAGUCUAUGGGUAUGUCUGUGAUAUACUACGAUGUUAUUAACCUCAUGGCCAUGGGCACAGCCCGCCAAGUUGGUAAACUUGAGGACCUCCUCAAAUCCGCGGAUUUCAUCUCGCUGCACGUUCCAGAGCUUCCAGAAACCAAGAAUAUGAUUAGUACCGCCCAGUUUGAACAAAUGAAGGAUGGGAGCUAUUUGAUCAAUGCCAGCCGUGGCUGCGUAGUGGACAUCCCAGCAUUGAUCCAAGCCAUGCGGUCUGGGAAAGUUGCUGGCGCGGCUCUCGAUGUGUAUCCAAGUGAACCCGCUGGAAACGGGGACUAUUUUAACAAGCAGCUCAACGAUUGGGCUGAGGAUCUGAGAAGCUUGAAGAAUCUCAUCCUUACACCGCACAUUGGUGGAAGCACCGAGGAGGCCCAGAGCGCUAUUGGUAUUGAAGUUGGAAAUUCUCUCGUCCGUUAUGUAAACGAGGGUACCACAAUCGGUGCUGUCAACAUGCCAGAGGUUACUUUACGUUCUUUAACUAUGGAAGGGCCGAACAAUGCCAGGGUUAUUUUCAUUCAUCGAAAUAUUCCCGGUGUGUUGAGAAAAGUCAACGAAAUUCUCGGAAAUCACAAUGUUGAUAAGCAAAUGACAGACAGUCGGGGUGACGUUGCAUACCUAAUGGCCGAUAUCAGUGACGUUGACUCCUCGGAGAUUAAAGAUCUAUAUGAACAGCUCGAGAAUUUAUCACCUCGAAUACUGACCCGUGUCUUGUUCUAA